UCGUAUCGUAGUUGGAAUUUCGGGCUGUGUCACGAUCACAAUUUGAAGCUGUCAAUCAUGGCUUCCGAGAAAAACUGGUCAAAUGAUGACACGGAAUCGAAGUUCAUGCGGAAGGCGAAGGAAUCGCCUUUCGUACCGAUUGGUAUGGCUGGGUUUGCGUCAAUUGUUGCGUACGGGCUGAUGAAGCUCAAAUCAAGGGGCGACACAAAAAUGUCUGUCCACCUCAUCCACAUGCGUGUCGGAGCACAGGGUUUUGUGGUUGGAGCUAUGACACUGGGGGUCCUCUACUCCAUGUACACGGAGUACUUUGCCCCUAAAGAUCCUGGGACUAAGUGACAUGGCCACAGCCAUGCUCCACGAGCCUAUAGCAGCUAAACUCCAAUGACUACCAAUCUAACACCACCUUCAUUAUCCCCUCCCCUCUCCUGUCCAAGAAAAUGGGAAUCUGACAAACAGCAGAGACUACUACAGGCAACCUUCAGUUGCUGUUCUUUGUGGCCAGUCCAAGAAUAUUGAGUGAGUGAGUGAGUGAGUUAUGAGGCCUUUUUUGUCUUUUUCAGAUAAGUAUACAUUAAACGCUGCACUUACACCUACAGGCACUGAAGUACCUUUCAGAUCUUUAGCUAUAUUUAUCCAAUAUUACUCCAAGAUUCCCACAAGUUAAAGCCAGUUUACCGCAAUCACAGUCACGUUUGAGUUCAUGCACUGCCUCACAGUGAGGUGACUUAGAAUUGUUCUGUUUUAGUCUGUAUAUAGUGGAACCUUUUAACUUAAAUGUAUUUAAGGUGAAAUAAAGAAAAAAGGACAAGAAAUAGUCUGGUCUUUUUUUAUAUAAAUACAAGUUUUUUGGUAUGAUUAGUCACUGUGAUAUACAUUUCUUUUUGUAACUGUAAAAGUAUAAACAGUAGACACGUCUCUUUGACUCUGUUUGAUUAAGCCUCACGUGCACAGUGAACACUACUAUGUACAAAUAAUAAAGUCACUCUGAAAAUCA